CCCUAAGCAGUUCUCUUCCCUAGAGCCUCUCGCUGCCAAAAAUCCUGAUGCUCGGAAGAAUGCAGGCGGCAGCCAUGGCAGAGGAGAUCAGCGAGGGAAGGAGGAGGAGGAUUCCAGGUGGUGGAGUCGCAUGCAGAAGGGAGAGUUCCCCUGGGACAACAAGGACUUCCGGUACCUGGCUGUCAUGGCGGCUGGCGUUGCCUCAGGCUUCCUGUACUUCGCCUGGCGAGAUCCUGGCCGAGAGAUCAACUGGAAGCACUUUGUGCAUUACUACCUGGCCAGAGGAGUGGUGGAGCGACUGGAAGUGGUGAACAAGCAGUUUGUGCGGGUGUUCCCUGUCCCUGGAGCGACCUCAGAGAAGCACGUCUGGUUCAAUAUUGGCAGCGUGGAGACGUUUGAGCGGAACUUGGAGACAGCUCAGCUGGAGCUGGGGAUCGAGAGCAGCCACCGGAUUUCUGUGGUGUACAGCACAGAGAGCGAUGGCUCCUUCCUCCUGAACAUGGUCCCGACCCUGCUGCUGGUGGGCUUCCUGCUGUUCAGUCUGAGACGCAGGGCUUUGGGCAGCAGGCCCAGCGGACGAGGGGGCGGUAUCUUCAGCAUUGCCGAGACCACGGCCAAGAUCCUGAAGGACACCGUUGACGUGAGUUUCAGAGAUGUGGCUGGCUGCGAAGAGGCCAAGCUGGAGAUCAUGGAGUUCGUCAACUUCCUGAAGAAUCCCAAGCAGUACCAAGAUCUUGGGGCCAAGAUCCCAAAGGGUGCGAUGCUGACUGGCCCUCCAGGCACAGGGAAAACCCUCUUGGCCAAAGCUACUGCUGGGGAAGCCAACGUCCCCUUCAUCACAGUGAAUGGCUCUGAGUUCCUGGAGAUGUUUGUUGGUGUCGGGCCUGCUAGGGUCCGGGAUAUGUUUGCCCUGGCUCGGAAGAAUGCCCCCUGCAUCCUCUUCAUUGACGAGAUUGAUGCUGUUGGGAGGAAGCGGGGCCAUGGGAACUUGGGGGGCCAGAACGAGCAAGAGAACACCCUUAACCAGCUGCUGGUGGAGAUGGAUGGGUUCAACAGCAGCACAAACGUUGUGGUACUUGCGGGCACCAACCGUCCUGAUGUCCUGGACCCGGCGCUGAUGAGACCAGGACGCUUUGACCGGCAGAUUUAUAUCGGCCCACCGGACAUCAAAGGCAGAGCAUCGAUCUUCAAAGUUCACCUCCGGCCACUGAGACUGGACACAGACAUCAGCAGGGAUGCUCUGGCUCGAAAGAUGGCUGCCCAGACGCCUGGAUUCACAGGUGCCGACAUCGCCAAUGUUUGCAACGAGGCUGCCCUGAUCGCUGCCCGCCUCGCCAGCCCCACUGUGGCCGCCAAGCACUUUGAGCAAGCCAUCGAGAGGGUCAUAGGGGGGCUGGAGAAGAAGACCCAGGUCCUGCAGCUGAAUGAGAAGGCCACGGUGGCUUACCACGAGGCCGGCCAUGCUGUGGUUGGGUGGUUCUUGGAGCAUGCUGAUCCCCUGCUGAAGGUCUCCAUCAUCCCCCGGGGGAAAGGACUGGGCUACGCGCAGUACCUGCCCCGGGAGCAGUUCCUUUAUACCCGCGAGCAACUGUUUGACCGCAUGUGCAUGAUGCUGGGCGGGCGCGUUGCCGAGCAGCUGUUCUUCGGCCGUAUCACCACUGGUGCCCAGGAUGACCUCCAGAAGGUGACCCGGUCUGCUUACGCUCAGAUUGUGCAGUUCGGCAUGAGCGACAAGCUGGGCCAGGUCUCCUUUGCCCUCCCGCAGCCCGGGGAGCUGGCCCCCGAGAAGCCCUACAGCGAAGCCACCGCAGAGCUGAUUGACGAGGAGGUGCGUGCCUUGAUUCACGCCGCCCACCAGAGGACCCUGGAGCUGCUGACCAGCUGCCGUGAGCAGGUGGAGAAGGUAGGAAAGCGUCUCCUGGAGAAGGAGGUUCUGGAGAAGGCAGACAUGGUGGAGCUGCUGGGGCCCAGGCCUUUUGCGGAGAGGUCCACCUACGAGGAGUUUGUGGAGGGGACCGGGAGCUUAGAGGAAGACAUCUCCCUCCCCGAGGGCCUGAAGGACUGGAACUUGGAGCGGGAGAAGGAGCAGGAGGAGAGAGCUCCGGACAAGGCACCCUAGAGAAGGGAUGGGCAGCGCUGCGGCAAAGUUGGCUUCCAGGCCUCUGUCUCCAAAGACUGGCUUCCAGACGGAUCCUCCUUCUGGGGUGUCCCAGCAGGGCAGUGUGGUGAAGAGGUUUUUAUCUGGAACUGUGGGCUCUGAGAGCUGGCUCUGAGCCUGGUGUGGAUGGCAUGGCGUGCAAAAACGCACAUCGCCUGUCUGGUAGGAGUGACUGCCAAGUUCUUCUUCCAAGGGACUUGGUGGAGUGCCUGAAGGACUCUCUCUGCAGCAGAAAGUGCAGAAUGCCUUUCCAUGAGUGUGUGUGUGUGGGGAAGAGGAUGCCUGUCCCUCCCCACGCUUUUAGACUGUCUGAAAACUGCCUCUGUGCUUCCUUCACCUUGGUGGUCUUCCCAUGUGGGGCAGAAAGUGGGAUAGCAAGGCCAGAACCACCCUAGCAAGAAUCACGGGCCCUGGGACCCAGGGCAGCUAUUCUGUGCUUUUGGGCCCUUUCCUCCAGACCGGAGAGGGCAAGGCAGGGCUGUGAGACCCAGUGGAGGGACCCUCAAGAGAAUUCCAUGGACUUGCUUGUGGUGUGCGCGAUACAUAGAAAGGUCUCUGCACAGGUGAGCGAGGGACCAAAAGUGGAAAGGUCUGUGAAGAUCAAGCCCCGUGGAGCUGGGGCUGCGUUGGAAAAUGGUGUUUGUUAAAAUGGUGCUACUUGAA